UCCCAAACAGCUAAUAUGCCUGAGGAUUAUCCAGAUCAGUUUGAUGAGGUAGUGGACUUUAUUCAAGCCACUAUUAAGAGACUGAGGAGAUCACCAGAUAAACAAACUCCGAUUUUUUCUAGGCGGGAGAGAAAUCGGCAAAAUGCAGCCACAAACAUAGAGAAUUCCAGCAAAAAGGGAAGGAGAAAUCACAAGGGCAAAAAUCGAGGAUGUGUCUUAACAGAAAUACAUUUAAAUGUGACUGACUUGGAUUUGGGAUAUGACACCAAAGAAGAGCUGAUUUUCCGGUAUUGCAGUGGAUCUUGUGAUGCAGCCGAGACCACAUAUGACAAAAUUUUAAAAAAUUUAACCAGAAAGAAAAAAAUAGUCAAUGACAAAGUGCGGCCAGCUUGUUGCAGACCCACAGCCUUUGAUGAUGACCUGUCAUUUUUGGACGAUAACUUGGUUUACCAUAUACUGAAAAAACAUUCCGCAAAAAGGUGUGGA